CGUUUAGAGAGUGAGCUGUACAGCUGUAUUUUCAGUCAUCUGUGAUUUAAAAGAAUUUUUAAUGACUUUAAAAUAAUAAUAAUGCUGAUAAAUUUUUAUUAUUGCAUAAUGUCAGUUUCAAGAGGACAGCUUUUCUGUAAACCUGUUUCUCUAUAAAAGACUAUCCAAAAAAGAAUAGCAUUUCCUAAAGAAUUGGGUUACUCUUACUGAAUCAGAUAUUGAUAUUUUUCUUUUGUGAAGAAUAGUUGGCUUAAUAUAACCUAGUUUAAGAUACAUGUGUUAAACAUGAUCCACUUUCAGAUAUGAGUCAAUUUGUUAAAAUCAAUCUGAAAUUUCAUUCUUCGUCAGCUUUAUUUUCCCCUCACAAUUACAGCUUACAAAUUAUUUGAAAAGCUAAAUUUCAUGAGAGGACAGACGAAAGUUUAUAAUUUUCACAUUUAAAUCUGCAAUAAAGAUAACCGUUAACAAUCUAUUCAUUUUGGUAUUAAGAAAUGACUAUUAGUAUUUAUGCAAAGCAAAAUAUUUAAUAUUUUUGCUGUGAAGAAAGUAACGUUGGAUUGUUUUUCACUUCUAGUGACAGGAUUUAAGAGCUGCUAUGACAAUGAAGGAAGAAACUGAAUUUAUCAUUUUCACCUAAAGAAAACAUGAUAGACAAAAAUCAAACCUGUGCUGCAGGACAGGAUUCUAUGCCCUAUAUGAUUUGUCUGAUUCACAUACUUGAAGAAUGGUUUGGUGUGGAGCAACUGGAGGACUAUUUGAAUUUUGUAAACUAUCUCUUGUGGGUUUUUACACCACUGAUACUUUUAAUACUUCCUUACUUUACUAUCUUUCUUCUCUACCUUACAAUUAUUUUCUUACACAUUUAUAAGAGGAAGAAUGUAUUAAAAGAAGCUUAUUCUCAUAAUUUGUGGGAUGGUGCAAGGAAAACCGUGGCAACUCUCUGGGAUGGACAUGCGGCAGUUUGGCAUGGUUAUGAAGUUCAUGGGAUGGAAAAAAUACCAGAAGAAGGACCAGCACUUAUAAUUUUUUAUCAUGGAGCUAUUCCAAUAGACUUUUACUACUUCAUGGCUAAAAUUUUUAUCCAUAAAGGCAGAACUUGCCGAGUAGUAGCUGAUCACUUUGUCUUUAAAAUCCCAGGGUUUAGUUUAUUACUUGAUGUAUUUUGUGCUCUACAUGGACCAAGAGAAAAGUGUGUUGAAAUUCUGAGGAGUGGUCACUUGUUAGCUAUUUCACCGGGUGGAGUUCGAGAAGCCCUAAUUAGUGAUGAAACCUACAGCAUUAUAUGGGGUAAUCGUAAAGGCUUCGCUCAGGUCGCAAUUGAUGCAAAAGUGCCCAUUAUUCCUAUGUUUACACAAAAUAUUCGAGAAGGAUUUCGAUCAUUAGGAGGAACAAGAUUGUUUAGAUGGCUUUAUGAGAAAUUCCGCUAUCCGUUUUGUCCAAUGUAUGGAGGUUUUCCAGUAAAGUUACGUACCUAUUUAGGUGAUCCUAUUCCGUAUGAUCCAAAGAUGACAGCAGAAGAAUUAGCUGAAAAGACAAAGAAUGCUGUUCAAGCUUUGAUUGAUAAGCACCAAAGAAUACCAGGAAACAUUAUGAGUGCUUUGUUAGAACGUUUUCAUAAAAAACAAAAGAUCAACUAGAAUAUGAUUUAAUACAUUUAUAUUGAUAUGUUUGGUUCUAUGGUACUGACUUAUAAAUUUUGUAGUGUCUAUAAUUAGUAUUUUUUAAAAAUCACAUUACUAAGUAUCUUUCUUGGAACUUGUUUGUUCAAAAUUGUGUUGUUUUAAUUUUGUUUUUGCAAUCAGUUGUGUCAGAACACUCAUUACAUGCCUGGUAAUUCAGAAAAUGAUCAUAUUUCAUUUGUAAGUUCCUAAUAAUGUAUGAUAAAACAUAUGGAUUCUUGAAGUUAGGUUCAUUAAUAACAACAAUUCAGGUUAAACAAGCAUUCCUGAGUACUGCAUCUGAUUUUUAUAUUUGUUGCAUUAAGUUAAUUGUGAAAAAGGACGUAACCCAACGUACAGAUGCUUAAGUUAAAAAAGUCCUGCUCUUUGAUCUGCUCUUCAUUCCCUUCCUGACCUCAGACAAGUCACUUAAUGUUCUUGUGCCUCAACAGUUCACCUAAUACGAUAACACUAUGGUGAGGAAUAUUAUUUUAAAGCUCUUUAUAUUUGCUGCAGUUGAUAACUGUAAAACUGAAAUUAUAUCUGAAUUAAACAAUACCAAGAUCUUUUACAGUUUUUAUAUAUCUGUGUAUAUAUAUAUUUUGUCCUUAGGAUGUUUAAAUUAUUCCUUCAAAUAUGGUAUCCAGUUGCCAAACACAAUCAAGAAGAUGUAUUGUUUUGAAAAUUGAGUAAAAAGGAAAUUAGGAAAAAUAAAAUUUUUAAUUAUGACUAUUUUUAGUAUUUAUUAAUUUUUUAUAAGAUUCUAUAAACAAACAAUACAUGGUGCACUGUGCAUUGUCUAACAUGGCGUUUAAUAGCAUAAGGUUAAAAAUCACUGUCAUGUUCUGCGUUUUGUAUGUUACAAGGCUGAUUGUAGGCAGACGAAAGUAGAGAUAAAGUUCUCUUUUGUCCAACAUCAUGGCUUAUUCAUUUUGACUUUGCAACUAGUGAAAUGGUUUCUUGUUUCGAUAAAAAUAUACUUGAAUGGUAAAUUUACAUGAACAUAAAGCUCUGUGAAAAAUUAAUGGCUUUUGAUUUGUUGUCUCCUUGAAAACUGAAUUUUAAAAGUAUUUAAACAGAAAAGUAUCAGAAAUCAAGUUCAGUAUCUCCCUUUUGUAGAUGUUAAAUUACUUGGACUUGCGUAUAAAUUUUUGUAUUACCAUUGUGUAUUUAUGAUAUGUGUAAUGUGCAUAAAAGGAAACUGUAAAAAUGAAAGUAAAGCAGAAUUGUAAUCCAUUUUCUUAUGGCAUUGCAUGUGAUAUUUUAAAAUGAUUAUUUUUAAGUUUUACUAUUUAUACACUUCCCACCCACAAUCAUAUUCUAUUCUCUCAGCCACAAUGAAUAAACUUUUCAAUGUAAUAAAUAUAUUUUAGUUUCAGUGAAAAGGGUUAAUUAAUGAAUAUUUACAGUUUUUUCUCCUCUAGCAAGUGAGCACUGUUUGGUUAAAAUUGAUAAAUACUUCCUGAAUUAAUGAUCAUAAAAGAAACGAGAAAACUGUUUGGAGGCAACUAGUGGAUUUUAAAGACUGAAGAAAGAACAGAAUUCAUUGCUAAUGUAUCAAAAGCUAUUAUUUCUACAGUAUUUAAAUUUUACUGCAUUAUUCUUAAAACUAUUUUUUCUGAUACUCAGACUAACAGGAAGUCUUCCUAUCUCACUUGAUAAGAUUUUUAUCUUUGCUAUUUGAAUUUAAAUACCAUUUAUAUGAGCCAGAGAAUAUGACUAAAUGUAGAAAUGUAAGAAAUCAUGGAAAGGGGAUGUAUUAGUUCUUGACCCUUUUGGGGGGGUGUUUACUGGUAUGAAAGCCAGGGCCUCUCCAGAAGCAUGCACACACACAUGCAUACUUUUAUGGUACAAUUUUCCUAUCCUAAAAAAAAAAAAACUGAUUUGAAACCAUUUAAAACUUACAGAAGAGUUGCAAGCAUGGUGCAAAGUAUUCUCCUGUGUACCCCACCCAGAUUCUCCAGUUGUUAACAUGCUGCUACAUUUGUUCUAUUCUUUCUUCCUUUCUCAUACAGAUCUGUAUAUUUUUUCUCCUAAUUCUCUGAUAGUAAAUUGCGGAGAUCAUGCCCCUUACUCUUGACUGUAGUCCAUCCAUUUACAGAACCACAGAGCAAUGAUCAAAAUCAGGAAACUUAUUGUUGCUAUAAUGCUGUCUGUAAUACAUUGAUAUAAUCCUACAGAUCUUACUCAGAUUUAACCAGGUGUCUCAGUAAUUCCUUUACCUUAAUUUUUCUUCUUGAUCCAGGAUCCAUUCUAGGUUACAUGUUGCAUUUAGUUUUCCUAUCUCUUUAGUCGUCUUUAAUCUGGAAUGGUUUCUUAGCUCUAUUUUAGUGACACUGACAUUUUUGAAGAGGAUAGGGCAUUUAUUUUGUAGAUAAUCCUUCAAUUUGUUUUUGCCUGAUAUUUUUUCAUGGUUUGAUCAAGGUUAUGUACUUUUGGCAGAAACACAACAUAAAUGAUGUUGUGCUCUCUCGCCAGUGCUUUGCGUCAGGAGGCAUGUCAUAUUGGUUUGUGUCCUUAUUAUAAAGUGCUGGGAACUGAUCACUCUGUAAGAUAGUGUCCACCAGAUGUCUUCCCUGUGAAGUUAGGAUUUUUCUUCUUUGAAAUGAGUAAGUAGUUUACAGAGAGAUACCUUGAGACUGUGUAAAUAUCUGUUCCUCAUCAAAAUUUCACUAUGAUUUUAGCAUCCUUUGAUUGGUUUUUGCCUGAAUAAAUUAUUUCUGUGAGAGCUUAAAAGUGUGAUUUUCUAACUCUCUUAUUCUACAUUUAUUAAUUGGCAUUCUACUAUAAGGGCUCAAACAACGAUUGUGAAGAUGGCACGGGACUAGGCAGUGUUACGUUUUGUUGUACAUAGGGUCUAUGAGUCGGAAUCGACGGCACCCAACAACAGCAGCUUCUAUGAGGAAGAAUUUUCGAUCUCCUCUUCCCCACCUUAUUUAUUAUCAAUAUAGUCUCAUGGGAUUCUUACUUUAUUCAAAGGGUUAUGCAUAUACUUGUGAUUUAAAUGUCACAUCCUAUGAAGCUUAUAGCAUUUAUAAACCACUGAAAUAAUAGGUGUUGACAGAGUAUGUGGAUGUGUUUUUGUAUUUGUGGAUAUGAUUAUUUUUCAGGUUCACAGAUGAUGCCCAUCUGCGUGAGCGUAAUUGAGACAGUAGGUGUGAACUCUAGGUCCCUUCCGUAUUGCAUGUAUUGACUCCUGGACAUCAGGGUGGUCUGUGGUGUUAGGGUUAUUUUGGCAUUCUGGGUGGCUUUAUGGUAUUCUUUUAUAUUAUAGUUCAGUAUCUGUUAAACAUUUCUUCUGUUUUAGUCAUCUCAUUUUAAUUCUGUCUACAGCUAUUUACUUACCUUACUCUUACCUAUUCUCUAAUAUGUACCACCCAGCAGUGUUGAAAGUUAAGUACUCAUUAUUUAUUUGGAACCUUUAUUCAAACAUUGCAUUUAUCAUUAUUCUGCCACUUAGGAUUAUUACUGAAUAGGUCAUACAGAAUACAUUAGUCAACCCAAUAUGCAAAAUCAAAUU